AUGAAGUUCAACAUUGCAACCGUAUCUUUAAUUCUCCUCGCUGCCAGCUCUUUGGCUGUUCCAACUCCAAAUGACGCUAAGGAUUUAGAAGGAAAAGCAAAAGAAGACAACACCAAAGCGAAAAAGGUUACUGAUAAACAGAAAGCAAAUGAAAAGACCAAGAAAAAUGUUGAAAAGAAUCAUAAACAC